AUGAUUUGAUUCAAUAACAAAUUUUCACGUAGUUUCUAAUUUAAAAUAUAGAUAUAAAUAUAUGAUUUAAUCAGUACUUCAUAGAGCAUUAACAAAAUAUUCAUUAUUAGGUCCGUAACAAGUAACGUGAAACGUAACAUACAACGAUACAAGUAUACGUAUGUAUAAGUUGAUAUGAGUUUUUACACAAUUGGAAACUGAAGUAACCCAUAAAAGAAAAAUCACCAAACGCUACGUAUAGUGAAAAAUUAAACUAAACAUGGUUAUGAGAAUCAUCUAAAAUCGCGGGAAACGCGUCUGUCCCUAUUUAGAGACCCGCAGGAUUCAGUUACAAUUUGUUAACAUUAAGAUAAGAAAUUGUUUAUGGAACACCUAAUAAAUUUUUUUAAAAGUUUGCGCAUAAUAUGCGUUGAUUUCUGUGGACUGAUAAAAAAUAAGUGUCGUUUCUGUAAGAAAUAAAGUACCGCUUGAAAAUCGGCCAUCGCAGCUAUUUUCAGCGAUAAUGAAAAUUGUUUUCUGUACAUGAGCCCUUUAUACACAAGUUCUAAAGUUUAUAUUGUGUAAAACGCUGAAGAGGUAUAUGAGGUUUCAUGUCACCGAAUUACUGUCUCCUUCGAUAGACGAAGAUGCUAAAUUAGUUGGAAAACAAUGAAUACUAUCAACAGAGUAAAUAGCAAGGUGGGCAUAACAAUUGAAUCAAGAUUUGGCGAAUUGGACAGAAAUUUGGGAACAACCUGCAGUAACUUUAAAAAUGACCCAAAGGACUUCAGUAUCAAUUUUAGUAAAACUUCACCUGGUAGAAGUCGGUAUGGCAGAACAAUAAAACCCAAGUCUCCUAAGAAUGAGGUUGCCACUUCCUCAAAGAAUUCUAAAAUGCCAAGGAAUCGUAAAUAUCAAAAUUCACCAGAUAAUAGUAACGAUAGUACAGAUGAAAAUAAUACAGUUAACGAUAUGGAUGAUACAAGUGAUUCUUCUACUAAUUUAAGUAUUAUGGAGGAUACUACUCCAAAAUUGGUUGAUUCUCCUAUACAGUGUAAUUGGAUAUUAGGUCAAUUAGCAUGGGCCAGAGUUGGUAAUUUUCCUUUUUGGCCUUGUGUUAUAACACUUGAUCCGGUUCUAAUGAUAUAUCAUAGAUUAAAAGCUACUGCCAGAUCACAAACGCUAAUGAUACAUGUCCAAUACUUUGGCGAUAAAGGACGUCACAGUUGGGUUUCAUCAAACUCUAUGAUUCCAUUUACAAAUCUUGCAGACUUUAAAAAAUUAUCAGAAUCAAUAACUGCAGAAGUAAAGAAGAGAGAUGCUAAAUAUGCCGCAGCAUUUAUUGUUAAGCCUGGUAUAAAGUCAAAAUGGGAAAGUGCGAUCGAAGAAGCUAUGGAAGUUGAAUCAAUGAGUAAUGAUGAUAGAGCACAUGUUUUUAAACCAAAGGAAAAAAGUAUAAGAAAUAAGUCAUCUAAAAUAUCAGAGGAAAAGGAUAAAGCUAAUAAAAGAAAAAACUCAAGUGAUUCAAAUGGUCCUGAUUUUAAACGUGCUAGGCAAGAUAAUGUAUAUGAAGUAGAUAAAGAGAAAACAGAUGGAACUAAACAAAAAAUGCUUAAAUACAUUGAGAAUGGUAAAAAUCAUUCGAAACUUAAUUCAGAUACUCCUCCGUUAUCUCCCUUAAGUCAAAGAGAUUCCAAUGAUGAAAUCUCUCUUGUGCAAAAGGUAGAAUUUCGUACUGAAGAGGAUGUAGAUGGUGUCUUUGAAGUUUAUUACGAACGGAAUCGAGAUAUGUUAGAAGACGAAUAUCCGGAUGCGUCGGAACACGAUAUUAGGAAAUAUUUAAAAAAGACUUGGGAUAACAUGAAUUCUUCUUUUCGCAAAAAAUAUCGAUCAUAUGUAACAUCAGACACUACUAGUGCUCAUACAAAAGAAAAUUCAUUAAACAACGAAGACGACUUAUUAUUAGAAAUGAAUGGAAGUGCUAAAGAUAAUAAAAGAUCAAGAAUUAAAGUUGAAAAGGAAGAGAUAAGUGUUUCAGAAACGAAAAGAAAUAGACCUUAUAAUCUUUUCAAAGGAACAAAGCAAGAGAAAGUUUGUCAAAUAUGUGAAAAAACUGGGAAAUUAACUAGGUGUAAAGGUCCUUGUUAUUCAUAUUUUCACCUUUCUUGUGUGAAACCAGGAGAAUCUAGUCCAGAGCAUUCUGUUGAUGAGAAUAUAAUGGAUGAUAAAAUUCUCAAUGAUAUAAAUGAGAUUAAACAAAGCAAUACUGAUAAUGAUGAGAAUAAUGGUAAAUCAGAAGAGCAAGAGGACGAGUUCUUUAAAUGUAUCGAUUGCUUAUCAGGUGUAGCACCUGCUUGUUUCAUAUGUAACGAAAGAGAAGGAGAUAGAAUAAGAUGUUCUGUGUUAGCUUGUGGAAAACAUUAUCAUUCGUCUUGCUUGAAAUCGUGGCCACAGUCUCAUUGGCAAGGAGGCCGCUUAACUUGCCCAUAUCAUGUAUGUCAUACAUGCAGUUCAGACAAUCCUCAGGAUAGUCAUUCGAGAGCUCCAAACGAGAAAUUAGCACGAUGCGUUCGUUGUCCUUCGUCCUACCAUACAUCUACGUCUUGUUUACCUGCUGGUUCGGUAAUUUUAACUGGUAGCCAAAUAGUUUGUCCGAAGCAUUACCAAGCCCCACAACCUCCAGUAAACGCGGCAUGGUGCUUUUUAUGUACAAGAGGCGGAAGUCUUAUCUGUUGUGAUACAUGUCCAACGUCAUUUCAUUUGGAAUGUUUAGGUAUUGAUGCUCCGGAUGGUGCAUUUAUUUGUGAAGAUUGUGAAACAGGCAGAUUGCCUUUGUAUGGAGAAGUUGUAUGGGUUAAACUUGGUAAUUACCGUUGGUGGCCAUCUCGUAUUUGUUAUCCUCAUGAAAUUCCUGAAAACAUAGAAGCCAUACCUCACAGUCCUGGUAAAUUUUGCGUAAUGUUUUUAGGAUCAAAUAAUUAUCAUUGGAUUCAUAGAGGACGCGCUUUUCUUUAUCAAGAUGGUGAUGCAAACAUAAAACCACCAAUUGGGAAAAAAAAUAGGGAUGAUACUUAUCGUAAAGCAUUAGAAGAAGCCAAUGAGAUUCAUCAGCGUUUAAAGAUCGAAAGAGCUGCAGCUAAAGACCAUGGACCAAGAGGAUUGAAACCUCCACAUUAUGUCAAAUUAAAGAUGAAUAAACCAGUUGGCAACGUAAAGCCAGCAGAGGUUGAAAGCAUCGUUGCAUGCGAUUGUGAUGCAGAAUGGGAAAAUCCAUGUGCUCCAGGCACAGAUUGUCUUAAUCGAAUAUUAUUAGUUGAAUGUAGCCCUGGUAUUUGCCCAGCUGGUGCCAAAUGUAAAAAUCAAGCAUUUGUACAAAGACAAUAUCCAGCUAUGGAACCAUUUCAUACCGUAGGACGUGGUUGGGGUCUUAGAAGUUUAGAACAUAUUAAAGCUGGUCAGUUUGUUAUAGAAUAUGUAGGUGAAGUUAUAGAUGAAGCUGAAUACAAACGAAGACUACAUAGGAAGAAGGAAUUAAAGAACGAGAAUUUUUAUUUUUUAACUAUAGAUAAUAAUAGAAUGAUCGACGCUGAACCAAAAGGCAAUUUAAGUCGGUUUAUGAAUCAUUCGUGUUCACCAAAUUGCGAAACGCAAAAAUGGACGGUUAAUGGAGAUACGCGUAUAGGUCUGUUUGCAUUAUGCGAUAUCGAGUGCGGCGAAGAAUUGACCUUUAAUUAUAAUUUAGCUUGUGAUGGAGAAACUCGAAAGCCCUGCCUCUGUGGAGCGCCAAAUUGUAGUGGUUUUAUAGGUUUAAAGGUACAGAAACCACAAGUAACUACGCCUUCAACAACAGGAAUUCAACAGAAAAAAUUUGAUAAAAUCGAUAAAAUGAAACGUCAAAAAAGGUUGAGGAAGCAUGUACUGUGUUGGAGUUGUGGGCAGGAAAUUGAAAAGUUGACAGAGUUUGUCGUUUGCGAUCAAAAGACAUGCAAUAAAAAGUAUCAUAAAUCUUGCGUGAUCAUUGAUGAUACAGAUUCGAGAUUCAGUUGUCCUUGGCAUCAUUGUGCAGAGUGUCGUCGUAGAACAUCUGCACAUUGUUCGUUUUGUAGUGCUGCUUUUUGUCAAGUACAUCUGGAUGGGAAUUUAUUCGAGUAUAGUGAAAAAGCUGGUUUUGUCUGUAAGUUGCAUGAAAGUAUGGAUAUGCAAAGAUCUGCUGAGGAUGAAAAAGAUUAUUCGGAUAAUGAUACUGAAACAGACAAAGAACAUUCUUCUACAGGUUCCAAUAGUCCAUUGAUCAUAAUGGAAAAAUCAAUACCGCGUGAACCAUCACCAAGAGUUUCCAUAAUAGAGGUUCAUCCAAGUAGUGAGGAAAGUGAAGAAUCUCAAAAAGAAGAUGAUGAAGAAGCGAUGCAGUCUACUAAUUUUAUGCCUUGUGAAUACAGCUCGAAAAGUAUGAAAAGAAAAGAAUUGCACCGAUUAUCUUUAAGAUUGAAAGGAGAAAAAGAUCAGGUAGAAAAAUUUAGUAAUCUUACAUCUAGUCAAUUGGAGGCUAUAAUCGGUGGCAGUUUAUUUGAAUGAACCAUUUAUCCUCAUUGAUUAGGAUCGAACGACGAAAUAUAUUUUAAUGUGCAUAGUUUCAAAUCUUCACGAUUAAUAAAUCACAAAUUAUGUAAUAAGAAAUGCGAUACAACUGCGGGCGUCAAUAUGAGUUAGUAGUAUUUGUAAUUAUAUGUAAACAUUGUUUGUAAAACACCCAUUCCAUGUCAAAGGGAUCAGUUGAAUAACAAAUUUUAAUAAAUUCCAAUUCUGCUAGCGAAACAAUGAACCCCUUAUUCUUAAUAUGAUAAUUUUUCUAUAUACACCUACAUUACGUAAGUUAAUAAGCUUUCUGCAUAUAUAUGUCUAUACAUUGCAUUUAUGAACCUUAUGCGUAUACAUAUAUGUAUAUGCACGCACGCUCGUGCAUACGCGACAUACGUACACGCAUUCAUCUAAUCGGGUUGACAUGGAAUGCUUUUCUUAAUUUACAAGUAAAAUAGCAUAGAAUUAAAAGUAGAAUUAAAGUUCGUGCAUAUACAUAUUAUAUUUCUUAAUUUUGUUUUGAUAUACAAUUAAAUAUCUAUAAUUAUAUAUACUAAUUCAAUAUUUUGAAUUAUAUAUAUAUUAUAUAUAUAAUUUCAAUGUAAGUGUAAAUAAGUUUUUGAGGUCCCAUAAUGUCUAUUUUGUAAGAUAUAUGUACACAUUAGUUAAAAAUUUUCUUUUAAUCCUUUUUACAUCGUAGUUUUAAAUGUUUAUCCGUUACGUCAUCGUAUCCAUAAAAUAGUCAUUAUAUUUGUUAAAUUAACUGAUGACAACUGUCAUCACACUGCCUUGUGAAUUUUUGGAAGUUUGUAUUACACAAUGUUAUUUUCAAAGAUAUUUGCUAUUACAAAAUAGUAGUUGUGAUAUCUUUACCGUAUAUUCCAUAAUGUUCCGCAAAUUCCGCGUUCUUAAUUAAUUUAUUUCACACGUUUAAACCAUCUUAUUGAAUUGAAAUUCUUGUGCCUCUUUAAUUCAGUUCGAUUUGAUUCAGUUAAAAUUUUAUAAUAUAUAUUAGAAAAAAUAUACAUUAUAAAAUUUCAAUUAAAUCUCUAAUUGUAUAUUCAGAGAAUUCAAUAUAAGUUUGUUAAUAGCGUUUUUAUGUAUUUUAAAUUGUAUAUACAUUAAAUAAGCACACUGUUAGAAGAAACUACAAAAGAUUAUUAGAUACAAAACAGUUUUUUUGCAAUACAAAUAGUAGUUCCAAUUAUUUCCGAAUUUAUAACGUAUUUUUAAAUUUUGAUAACGAUAAGUAUAAGUACAUAAUCAAUGAAAAAUAAAAGAAGAGAAAAGAAAAGAAUACCUUUCUUGUGGGGUGAGCGUAAUAUAAUACCUGAUAAUACCAUAUAGAUGUAAAUAUAGAAUGCAUGAAUGAAAAGAUGCAUGAGCUGAAAAGGCGACAUAAGAAUAGGAAGAGAACGCUGCAUAGAGGUCACUUAUGUCAUUCUGUAAUACGGAUGCACACGCGUAAAUAUACGUACAGUAAAUAUAUAUGUAAGUGUAACACCGAUUAACAAACGGCGUCAGUGUGCAUGCAUGAUCAAACAAGGAUAAAAGGGACCUCUGUGCAACGUUCCUUUUCUAAUUCCAUAUUACAUCCACUUACACAGUAACAUACGGUGUAAUAUAAGCGAUAACAUAUAACUCGCGUACUUUUUAUCUCUCUAUGUAUAAAUACUCAUGACAUUUUUUGUUUCAUUGAAGUGAAUACUUAAAACUGUUAUAAAACUUUAUUGGACUCUGAUGACCAUACACAAAGUUUAAAAUUAUAAACAUAUAGAUGUUAUUAACAAUUAACAAUUGUUUAUGAAGAAUGUGUAUGAUCAAAAAUAUCUUAUUGAAAGAAGAAAACAAAACGAACCAGAUAAAUAAUACCGAUUAUUAUUUUUAUUAUUAUUAUCGUUAUUUUUUGCAUCAUUACUAAAAUAUAACAAUUAACGUUUA